GAAUCCCACGCUUCUCACCAACCAGUAGCACGCCACCCUCGCCGAUGGCCACCAGGACCUGCCAGGCUCCAGCUCCGACCAUGCCCGUCGUGGCAGGGCGCGCCUCUGGCGGCGGCGGCAACGGCAGGGUGCCGACGGGGACCCUGCCGCCGCCGCGGAGGGGCCAGAUCAAGGCGAAGAUCGUCAAGGACGUCAUCGCCGCGGUCGCCGCCAUGGCCGCGGGCCUCGUUAAGAACGGCCGCGACGGUGGCGGUCUCCCUGUCUCCGACGACGCCGACGAGGAGUGAACGACCGACCCCAGAAAUUAAAGAGGAACCGCGCGUUCUCUCUUCCAUCCGCCCGAUGCGCUCGCUCCCCUGCUUCUAAUAUGCGCUCAUUUUAGUGCGCGCAGCAGAGACCAGGGGCCAAAAUUACUAUGAAGCUCUCGUAAUCUCUAGCUUUGUGUUGGUGUCGGAUGGAUCAGUUGCCAUAUUAGAGCAAGCACUGAUCCAUCCAUAGUUUCGUGUUUUGCGGCUCUGGUCGUCCUGCCCCUGUUCUUGGUUUCGUCUUGGGUUUGGUGGCUGCUUUCAGGAGGUUGCUCAGUUUUUUUUUAAAGAAAGAACCUCCUGUGGUUUCUGCUGCUGUCGCUGCGCUUCAGAACU